AUACAUUUCUUUGCACUUUCUAGCAAUCAAGUUCCAGUGACUUAGUUAAGGAGCAGUCAUUAGAAAAGAUGAUUGAGUUGGGUCUCGCUGAUGAGAGUCUCAUCGAUGAGCUAAUGGAGCUGACAGCACAGAGCAUCGGAGAGCUGGAGAUCCAGGAGCACUUUAACAUCGUUAAGGAGAUUGGCAGAGGAAAAUAUGGCAAAGUGCUCCUGGUCACACAUCGUUUUAGAGGAACUCCAAUGGCCUUGAAAGUGAUGCCUAAAUCCUCAACUAAGCUGCAGGGAUUUCUGCGAGAGUACUGCAUUUCUCUACACCUGUCCUGCCACCCCUGCAUUGUGGGCCUCUUUGGCAUUGCCUUCCAGUCUAAAGAGCACUACUGCUUUGCCCAGGAGCUUGUGAUUGGGAAGGAUCUUUUUGCAGUCAUCAAGCCAAAAGUUGGUAUCCCAGAGUCAUCUGUCAAACGCUGCGUUCUCCAGAUCGCCAGUGCCUUGGAGUUCAUUCACAGCCAUGGUCUGGUCCACCGGGAUGUGAAGCCUGAAAACAUCCUCCUGCUGGACACCAACUGUUGUCAGGUCAAACUGGCCGAUUUUGGCCUGGCCCAGAAGAGAGGAACACUUAUACGCUUCAUCAGAGGAACCUUGCCAUACAUGGCCCCAGAACUUUGCAGCGUGGCUCUGCUGGACAACCAGAAAGAAGUGACAGUGCCUCCUCUGAGUGUCGAGCCAAGCCUGGACACCUGGGCCUUUGCAGUGGUUAUCUUUUGCAUUCUCACUGGUUACUUCCCAUGGGAGCACUGCAUGGAUUCAGACAGCUUCUACCUAGAGUUUGCAGACUGGUGUACGAUGAAGAAACACUCUUAUAUUGAAGAGGAUAUUCCUCCUUUGUGGAGGAGGUUCACUCGAGAAGCUAUGGAGAUGUUUGGUAAGCUUUUGGCCCCAGAUGCCUCACUGAGGAGUGCAGUAGGAGAAGUGAGAGCCUAUGUGGAAAAGGACUGGCUGAAAAAAGACUAUGGAAACCAGCUGUUUUAGAUGAAUUAACAGUGUGUGUCUCAUGGAAGCAUGUUCUGAAAAAAAGAGUGUAGUGUUUUAAUAAUUUCCACAGACUUUUUAAGACAUUUCGAACCUUAGAAUCUUAAGGAAUCUUUUCACAGAUGGCCUGAAUUCUAUAAUCGAAAGCAAAGAAAUCAUAACUCCAUAUAUAGUGUUUAUAACUCAAAUAGACUUCAAUUGAAGAAUUCAAUUCAGAGAGGUAAGACAAUUUACCAACAUUUCUACUGUGAAAAAAGAAGCGAACAUUGUUAUCGCUGAAAAAAGUUCCCCAUCAGUAGCUUAUAAUGUGGAUUUUACAUAACUAAAAGGUUGUCUGAGGAAAGACAUUACUUUCUGAGAUAGACGCUUAAACAUAAAAAGGUUUAAGCCAACUAAAGGGAUCAGCUAAUAACUGUUAGCUACUUUAAAUUUAGCAGAUGUAGAUAGCUUUUUGACUUUUUGUUUUUUUUUCAUGAAAACUUCUGUAUUCUUUGCUUGACACAAAUAAAACAAUUUAAACAAUAUUGUCUUCAGUCGAGGCAAAGUGCAAAAAAUAACAAUUUCCUUCUCAGUUAGCUGACCGUUAGC